UCCGGGGAAGGGGUUUACCGACGUACUCGAAACGAUUCCCAAGGUUCCCCUCAGGUUUGGGUGGUUGUACGGUGGCGGGAUCUGAAAGCCAAGGCAACCGGGAUCUUCCUAGACUGGUGAGAGCGCCCCCUUCUUCAGCGACUUCUGGGAUCCUGCAGCAGCAAUGGCUCGGGUAUCCGGCUCACGGAGCCCGGAAACCUCGGGCUCCGGGGGAAAACGUCGCAGUUCGUCGAAGAGCCCCAAGCCCAGCAAAUCUGCUCGGUCCCCGCGGGGCCGCCGCUCUCGCUCGCACUCUUGCUCUCGAUCCGGGGAACGGAAUGGCCUCAGUCACCAUCUAGGUGGCCUCAGUCACAGCUCAAGAAACCAGUCCUACCGCUCCCGCUCGCGGUCACGUUCUCGAGAGCGGCCCUCUGCGCCUCGGAGCACACCUUUCGCUUCUGUCUCCUCGUCCACCUAUUAUGGCGGCUACUCGCGCCCCUAUGGGAGCGACAAGCCGUGGCCUAGCCUCCUGGACAAGGAGAGGGAGGAAAGCCUGCGGCAGAAGAGAUUAAGUGAGAGAGAGAGGAUUGGAGAAUUGGGAGCUCCUGAAGUAUGGGGACUUUCUCCAAAGAAUCCUGAACCAGACUCUGAUGAACAUACACCAGUAGAGGAUGAAGAGCCAAAGAAAAGCACCACGUCGGCUUCUUCUUCAGAAGAUGAAAAAAAGAAGAAGAAGAAGUCCAAUCAUUCAAAAGAAAGGUCCAAGAAGAGGAGAAAGAAAAAAUCAUCUAAAAGAAAACACAGGAAGUAUUCUGAAGAUAGUGACAGUGACUCUGAUUCUGAAACAGACUCUAGUGAUGAAGAUACAAAAAGGAAAGCAAAGAAAGCCAAGAAAAAGGAAAAGAAGAAGAAACACAGAUCGAAGAAAUAUAAGAAAAAGAAAUCCAAAAAGAACAGAAAAGAAUCCAGUGAUUCAAGCUCUAAAGAGUCCCAAGAAGAGUUUCUGGAGAAUCCCUGGAAGGAUCGAUCAAAGGCUGAAGAACCUUCAGAUUUAAUUGGCCCAGAGGCUCCGAAAACCCUUGCCUCUCAAGAUGAUAAACCUUUGAACUAUGGCCAUGCUCUGUUACCUGGGGAAGGUGCAGCUAUGGCUGAAUAUGUAAAAGCUGGAAAACGUAUUCCACGAAGAGGAGAAAUUGGCUUGACAAGUGAAGAAAUUGCAUCAUUUGAAUGUUCAGGUUAUGUAAUGAGUGGUAGCAGGCAUCGCCGAAUGGAGGCUGUGCGACUGCGAAAAGAGAACCAGAUCUAUAGUGCUGAUGAGAAAAGAGCCCUUGCAUCCUUUAAUCAAGAAGAGAGACGGAAAAGAGAGAACAAGAUUCUGGCCAGUUUCCGAGAGAUGGUAUACCGAAAGACCAAAGGGAAGGAUGAUAAAUAAGGAUUUUCUGAUUAUUCAGCAGACAUUUUUAGUGACAAAAACAGAAGUCUGGGUUCCACACAUGCACACAAAAAGAUGAUUAUGCCCUGAACAAGCUUUACAGUGCUACUGUGCCUUCCAUUUAAUUCUUUCUGUCCUUCAAUAAAAAGCUGCUUAUUGAUACAACUUCAGCAAGUACUUUUGGACCAUAAUUCCUCUCUGAUUUAAAAAUCCAAAUUAGGAAUGAGAUCCUACUAUAUUGGGAGAGGUGGCAUGAAGAGACAGUGUGUGAUGAGAAAAACUUAAAUCUCAUGCCAUUGCACAGUGCUACCUCUAGCUCUACAUGAUGCCUGCCCUCCCCACCCACCCCCAACUGAACUUAUGAGAAAUUAUCAUUCCUCUGUGUUGAAUGUGAUAUGAAUGGACUUGGUAGAAACAUAGGAGGACACUUUUGUUUUAAAAAAGAUGAAGGCAUUGCUGAAAAAAAGAAAAUCUACUAUUUGAAGACUUACACAAUAUGAUAUAUAAUCUACCCUGGAAAUAAAGUAUUUUGGCUUAAGUCCCUGCCUCCCCUCCAAAACCAAAAGCAAACCAAAAACAAAACUAACCCACAGACUUACUGAAUUGAAAAAUGUGGACAUUAGGUUUUUAAAUUUUUUAAUAAAUUAUUUUAAAAUUAUUCUUUCAAAUAUAUAAUAUUAGGACAUUACUGUUGUGCCAAUGUUUUGAUCUAAGCUGUACUUUGAUGCUAAGAUAACAACUAAACAAAUGGGACUCAAAUAUGGUCAAGAGUUGUGAUAGGAAACAUAAUGAACCAGUAUUUUAGUUGUUUCAUAGGAUAAAAUGAUAUUAAACCUUUGUAAUGCUGUCCUUUAUGUAAUGAGAUUUUAUUUUUAAACAUUGUUAAAUCUUUCAGUUUAUGUUGUAAGCUGUCAUUCAUUUUAAUUGUUAACCUUGUACAGAAGUUCCUCACUUUAUCAUUUUUUAUGCUAUUAUUUAUUUCUAAGUUUGGGGAAAAUGAAACAUUGUAGGAUUGUGAGACCACUAUCCUUCCCUUAUUUUGGUCAAUUUUGAUUAAGUCACAAGAGGGAGGGGACAGUGGAAGUUUUGACUGUUUUUGUUAAAGUGAUUUUGAUCUUCAUUAUUAUUAUAUGCCUAAGAUAAAUUUAAAUUACCUGGUGGGAAAGUAUGACUAUGCUGUUAUAAAAUGUCCUCUCCUUAUAAUAAAGUGCUUUUUUAAAGUCUUUAAAUAA